CAAUGCGGUAACAUAUGUUAAUUGCUUGUCGCAUGCUCCCAUCCUGAUUGUCCGGGACGCGAUCGCACUCAUGCCGGCUUCAAUCUGGAUCGAUGUCGGUCCACAUCCAGUUUGAUCAACCCCCAGCCAGAUGCUAUACGAACCUCGACUUCAUUUCCGGUCGGGUAAUCCUCGUCCUCCCCAGCGAUGCCUCCAUCUCCGCAGUCACAGUCAAGCUUGAGGGCGAGAGUCGGGUGCGGCUCGCGGUCCCUAAGUUUCCUGGCAAUGAACGCUCAGAUAAGAAGAGGACCGAGCUAGAAGUACACAAGCUCUUGUACAAAGUCCUUACUCUCUUUCCCACGGCGGAACUGCAGGAAACAGGCAGUGGCAACCCCUUUACCCUGCUGGCUGGUCAAUACACAUAUCCCUUCAGUUUCAAGUUCCCUUUCAACAAUGAUUGCCAAAAGAGUCCUGCACCGUUGAAAGAUAUCAAGCUCGCUCUUAUGAAUCUACAAUUCGCGCCGGACACAAAAAUGCACGUGAAAAAGUCAUUGCCGCCGUCGCUUAGCGGCUUCCCAGGCCUUGCAGAGAUAAAAUAUUAUAUGAAGGCAACGGUGGUGCGACCCAAGUUCUUCCAGGGAAACAUGCGAUCAGUCCGCGAUAUCAAAUUCCUGCCCAUUGAACCUCCACGACCCCAGAACAGAGACCAGGAGAUCUUUGCUCGCAGAAAGCGACAGUUUCAACAUUAUAAUGGGACCCAACCACAAAGAAAAGGACUGUUCAAAAAAACUCCCACUCCAAUGUCGGCUCAUGAAGAGCCCCCGGCUUUCCAGGUUGAUGCACGUCUCCCCAGUCCCCCUAUUAUCACCUGCAACGAGCCACUUCCAUUGAGGAUCCUGAUCCAGAAACUCAACGAUAGCUCUGCCAACGCCUUUCUCAAGGUGCUGCAGAUUGGACUGAUUGGCCACACCUACGUCAGAGCUCACGAUCUGGAUAGGACAGAGACUACGACGUGGCCAUUGGUGUCGCAGACGAACAUGGAUAUCCCCUUGGGCAAUUCUUCAGAGAAGAAUCCAAAAGAGUGGAAACUUCCUUCACGGUUGUGGGAUCAUCUAUCAUUACCAAACACUGUCUGCCCAACCUUCGAAACGUGCAACAUUUCUCGCCGUUAUGAGUUGGAAGUCCAGGUCGGCCUGGUUCAAGGAGAAGCUAGCGUUAUGCGGCCGGAAAUCAUCGGUUUUCCACUACGUCUGCCAGUAACGGUAUACUCGGGCAUCGCGCCGCCAGAGAAAUUGCUGCGGGCUAUGGCCAGCCAUCCACGCCCCCAGCUUACGACCACACCUCUGUUCCCCAGGCCUAAGCCUAGUGAGGAAACACCACAGACACCACAGACUCCUGUCGCACCACGGACCCCAGUCGAAACACCUACCACUCCGCUGUCCGAGGUCAACUACUCACCGGCACAAAUGGGCUAUGCUGGCUACGAUCACCUACACGACUUACCCGACGAGGCUCCUCCAAGCUACGAAGAUGCCAUUGCAGAUGAAAUAGGACCGGUGGAUGGUCCCAGAAGAGAUUACCAGGUUCAAGAGCAGCCCGAGUCUUACGUGCACGUCUUCAAUACGGAUUCGAAAGCCGGCAAGCUGGGGCGACGAGUUAGUGAACGGUUGUUCGCUGCCAACGCUCCGCCUGGUCUACCAAGGUCAAUGUCCACUCCAUACAACGUACACUCGGUGCCAAUAGACGAGGACGAGGAUCAAGAUAUUCUGGGCUUAGCAGUGAAUGGUCAACCAGUACCAAGUCCAAAUGCAACGCAGACUAUGACUGAGAAGAAGGGAUAGUGUCCUACACAGUGGCCUCAAAUCUGUGACCUUUUUAACGACAAAACAUAGCAAGCGCGGCGUUUGGAUUGGGGGCAGUAACAAUAGAUCAAACCAAUGCCAUUCUCAUUAUUACGAAUACUACAACAAUAAACUCAGUCAUGGCCACGAAUUUUUGCCUUCCCUUGCUCGCAUUUCC